AUGAGCCGGGAACAAGACAGAAGAGCAGCGAUCCUUGAGUCCCUUGGUGCCGGUAAAUCACCAAAGGAGAUUAUUGAGUGGUUUGGGUACAAAAAAACUCAAGUUUACGAAAUUUCGAAAAAGUUUCGAGAAGCAGACGUACCGGAUGAUGUAUCCUCUGAGCGGACAUGCCACAGCAAACGAUCGGAUAGGAAAAGAACGUCCGAUUUUGUUGACACGUUGAAAGGGAAGAUCGACGAGGAUCCUGGACGUAGCAUGGCUAAGUUGGCGAAGGACAUGGGGGUAGCACGAUCAACAAUCAGUUUGGCGGGGCACGAAGACCUUGGAUACAAAUCCUUUGUUUUACGGAACCGGCAAUUGUUGAAGGAAAGAAAUAAAGCUGACCGAAAACUGAAAUGUCAGGUACUGUUGAAUGAUAUCAAACACGACAGUGCUGGCUACCUAAGGUUUUUUUCGGAUGAAAAGAAUUUUAUCCAGGACAGAAAAGUUAACCGGCAAAAUGACAGGUGGAUAUGUCAAGAUGCUUCAGAAGUGCCCACCGUCAUGCACACCAAAUUUCCAAAAGCGGUCAUAGUCCUUGGGGUUAUCAGCAGCGAAGGGGAUGUUAUGCCACCUCAUUUCUUUGAAGAAGGUCUCAGAAUCAACGCCGAUGGAUACAUUCACGUAUUGGAAAUGGUAGUCAAGCCCUGGAUGGACAUUGUGGCCGCCGGAGGAGAUUAUGUCUUCCAGCAGGACUCAGCGCCAGCCCACAAGUCGAGAAAAACCCAAGCGUGGCUUCACAGUAAUGUGCCCUACCACUGGACACCCAAAUUGUGGCCACCCUGCAGCCCGGACUGCAAUCCUCUCGAUUACUACUUUUGGGGCGUAGUUGAGGAAAAGGUUAACGCAAAAUUUCAUAACACCAAGGACGCGCUGAGAGCCACCAUUACUGAGGUGGUGUCCAACGUGGACAGGAAGGAGGUGAAACAUGCAUGCGGUCGGUUCCGGUCACGUCAUGAGCGAGUGGUGGCAGCUAACGGCGGCUAUAUAGAAUAA